CCUUUCCAAAGAACAGCAUCUAGCUUUCCAUGGAUCCCGUACCCUGAGUUUCUCCUCCACUUGGUAACAGAAAACCUCCAAUCUUUUCUACAGAAGAAAGGAGGAGAAAAUAAACAGAGAAUCACAGAAGCAAAAGCUAAAAUCCAAAUGGCUUCAGCAACCACAAGACCCAUCUUCUCUUUCCUCUACCCAACCCUAUCUUCUCCAAAACCACUCAAACCCCAAAUCUCCCAAAUCUCAUUCCACAUUAAAACCAUAGACAAACAGAAACCCCAUUUUCUUCUUCAUUCCAUUGAUGUCUCCAAAGAAGAUACACCAACACCCACUUCACUAAACCAAGAAGAAGCCCAAACCCCAACUCAGGAAACCCCUGAAGAAAAGUUUGACGAGAGGAGAUUAGAGGAGAAAUUUGCAGUGUUGAACACAGGAAUUUAUGAGUGUAGGUCAUGUGGGUUCAAGUAUGAUGAAGCUGUAGGGGAUCCAUCCUAUCCAAUCCCACCUGGAUUUCAAUUUGAGAAGCUGCCCGAGGAUUGGAGGUGCCCUACUUGCGGCGCAGCAAAGAGUUUCUUUGAGAGUAAGAGUGUGGAGAUUGCAGGGUUUGCACAGAAUCAGCAAAUAUGGGCUGGGAGGGAAUGCACUCACCUCAGGACAGAAGGCUCUAUUGAUAUAUGGAAGCUUGUUCUUCUUCUUUUGCCUGUUCUUGUCUGGGUACUUUUUGCAAUAGGUAAAGAGCCUUUUGUUAAUGAAUGUGUAUUCCUAUUUGUGUUAUAUUAACAAAUAGAAAGAUUCAAGAACCCAUUUGGCAUAAUUGUUGAUGUUCCAUCCAACAGAAUUGUAAGUAUUAUAUUUUUAAAAGUCAAAAAAUUCACUCAAUAACUUGGUGUGCAUUGGUAUCUCCCUGUGAAGGCAAGAAAUCCUGAGUUUAAGU